AAACUAGUCUAGGCUGCAUCAGGAGCUUAGGUAAAAGGCACAACGCCGGAGCACUGAUAAAUACCCGUUAUUGUUUCGUCGUGCACAUUUCCCAGGUAACCUACGUUCAACUAUUUCAGUUGAUACAUUGUAUCAGUCCACAUCUAUUGCAGCUGCUUCUUACUGGUUCAUAGGCUAUAGCAAAAUUCCGGUAGAAAAAAUGACUGAAGGAGAGGACCAUGGCACGAACCCUGCGAGGCACGCAAAUGGAGAUGUCGUUGCAGAACCUUCGACCGUCGAAGAUGUUUUUGACGACACGUACAAAGAGAAAGAAGGCCCAAAACCACCGAUACAAAUUGUGUGGAAAAACGUUGCCUUGAUGAGUUUACUACAUAUAGGAGCUCUGUAUGGGCUGAUCAUUUUUCCAUCCGCUUCUACUUUGACCUUGGCAUGGUCUGUGUUUUGCUUUUUGGUAAGUGCUUUAGGAGUGACCGCGGGGGCACAUCGGCUUUGGAGUCACAGAUCCUACAAAGCCUCUCUACCCCUUCGAAUCCUCCUUGCCACAGCCAAUUCCAUGGCCUUUCAGAAUGAUAUAUACGAGUGGGCUCGGGACCACAGAGUUCACCACAAAUACUCAGAGACCGACGCGGACCCGCACAACGCCGUUCGGGGUUUCUUCUUCUCUCACAUCGGCUGGCUGCUGGUCCGCAAGCACCCCGACGUCAUCGAAAAGGGGCGCAAGCUGGAGCUGACCGACUUGAAGGCGGACAAAGUCGUCAUGUUUCAGAGAAAGUAUUACAAACCCUCCGUGGUGAUCAUGUGCUUCCUGGUCCCCAUGUGGGUGCCGUGGUACUUCUGGGGGGAGAGCCUGUGGGUGGGCUACUUCGUCCCCGGCCUGCUACGCUACACCCUGGUCCUCAACGCCACCUGGCUGGUGAACAGCGCCGCCCACAUGUGGGGCAACAGGCCCUACGACCACAACAUCAACCCCCGAGAGAACAAGUUUGUCACCUUCAGUGCCAUAGGAGAGGGAUUUCACAACUACCACCACACGUUCCCCUACGACUAUGCAACCAGCGAGUUCGGCUGCAAGCUGAACCUCACCACCUGCUUCAUCGACUUGAUGUGCUACCUGGGCCUGGCCCAGGAGUGCAAGAAGGUGCCACGAGAACUGGUCAUGGCCCGGGCCCAACGCACUGGAGAUGGCAGCCACAGAAGUGGUUAAGAGGUUCCCAAAUUUACAAAAAAAAAUCUAACGACAACCCGACAUCCGAAAUGAAUAAAAUGAAAACACACCGCAGUUUCUUGGGGGGGUGGGGGGUGGGUUGGGAGGGUUUACGCUUCUAUUGUGCGGCCACAGCUAUGGCGUCACGCCCAAACGUGCGACGCUCCUUGGGGUUCAUGUUAGCUUUAAGGGGUUCUAGAUCCUAUGUAAUGUUGUAAAUUUUAAAUUUCUUCUUAACUGCAGCGUUUUAGGACUUGGUGUGGUGUGAGGUGGUUAAUGAAAUCCGCCGUUAGUCGGACGCUCCCUUGUGCUGUGUUGGGCUAGGGUCUGUUGCUUGUGUGGUCACCGGAAGGGGGAUCUCAAAAGCUCUCGCGCUGGACAAGUAAAACUAUUACGUGCUCCUUGCUUAUAGCACAGGCAGUCAGUCGAGUCUCUGAAGCUGCAGCCAACAUUAAUGGAGAAAUUUAUCUCGAUAAGUGCAAAGCUAUUUAUUAAUUCAUUGUGGCACUUGGAAUUUACAACGUGCGGUGAAGCAGUCAGUUGUGUCCAUAGCUUUAUUUCAACUUGGGUCGCAUACAGCUCAGUGUAGAGGUCUUUUUUUCUUUCGUUUUUGAGUGAUGAUAUUAGAAUCGCAAACGUCUAACAUUUCAAUACUUCUCUGCGCCCGAGCCUGUUAAAAGUGGAGUUCUAGAAACAGUGGGAAAAUUCAUUUCAAAUCAAUAUAUUUAUUGAUAGAACUGCCUUCAGUCUCUUGCUUGCUCUUUCCAGCAGUUUUAAGUUAUUGGUAUGUUUUACAGCAGUGUUUACCACAGACACCAUUAUCCGCUCAUCCACCAGUAUUGUUUUAUAGUGGGCUUUAGCAAGGACAUAAUAAUAUUAAAUAAUUAAUGAAGGCUAAGCAUACGAAGAGGCUAAGUAACAAAUAGGGACAUAAUUUUGAUAGAGCAGGGACUGGCUUAUAGAAAGCAGGGGCAAUCUUCAACCUUGCAGACAGCUUUAUGAGAUUAUGUCAAAGUUGAAUGUGCCAUGCAAAUGACAAUUACUCUGGGUUAUUUUGAAAUUGAGGCCCACAUAUUUGAACUGUGAUUCACAUUGAACCCACCGUACUCUACUGUAGUUUGUAAACAGAAACUUUAGUAGUUGUAUCUGGGGUCAUAAAAGCUCAUUGAAACAUGUGCAGUAGCCUCAGGUCAAAAUGUUUGUUCAGAUGGGUAUAUAUAUGAUUCUUAUUUGCCAUCAUGUAAUUACACUAACACAACAAAAAAGGAUGUGUAAUCUGUCUCAUAUGCAAGCUUAAAUUCAUGUAAUUGAAUUGAAUUGUUAUCCAGUUUAAAAGGUGUGAUUAAAGCAUUGAAGCAAAGUCUGAGUUACAAAAGCGAUAAGCAAAGUGGUAAGCAAAGCUUUAAAGUAUGUAGAAAACAUGGCCAGGCUUCCUCCCCAGUUAGCUGAGCAAAAGUAGUGCAGUCUACAGAGUUGUCUGAACUCUUUUUUUGGGAUGUUAGUGAAGGCGAGUGGACUGUGAAGGUGGUGAUUGAAAAUGGCCGAACGUUAACCACCAAAGGCAUAAUGGUUGAGCAGCAAGAACCGCCUUCUCAGAAUCUGGCCAAUGGCCUGUUGCUGCUGCAGGGUGUGCUGUUCCCAGAUGGCCAAUAGCGAGGAGAGCGUGUCUCCAGAUAUGCCGUCUUUGGCUUCGGAGACUAAAAUCAAAAGUGAAAAUUUUUAAUAUGGCUUUAGGUUUGGAUAAAACAUUAAACCAAUCAAAUGAUGCUUUGAAAAUAAUGGUAAAUUGCAUGUGAUGUACCUACCUGUCUUGUUUCAGUUGAAAAUGGCACCCAGUCCAUUGGGACCUUCUGAGAUUAUGGUUCAGGUGAUUGGUUUAAGUUAUGCCAAUGAUGUCUGUUUUGAUGAAUAGGCCCAUGUCACUUACAAAUUUAGGAACCAGCCUUCAAUUUUGGUCUAUUACUGUACACAUUAUUCAAUGUGUUAUAAGCAUGCCAGGUUUAAUGCAAAUUAGACCUUCUUUUAAUGACUUAUGGUGAAGUAUGUACUAGCAGCCUUACCCCUUCUCUACUCCUAAAUUUAGUCAUAACAUAACAUGGGCAUAUUUACCAAAUUUAUGCAAUUUCUUGUUCAAAGCAAUUGGCAAACCGAAAUGAAACACAGCUCUGUGUUGCUGUCCAGUUUAAUGAGUCAGGCUCUUAAAACAUUGAAAGAGCACUGACGCUAAUAUUAAUAAGAGCACUUAAAAUCUGUUAUUUAUGUGGCCCUCUAACAAUCCGUGUUUUAGUUUUUAACAUAAUUGAACUGUGGCAUACAGUACCAGAAAAAUGAUGAGGUGCUGGUUGAGGAACCUUUUCUUCAUAAAACAGUCUGUUCACCUGUUAUAAUGGAAAAAAAUUACCUCUGACUGUGCAGCAUGGCAAAGGAGCCUGACCACAUUGUUGCACAAAAGUGCCAAUCGCACUAUAUUCAGCUUUUACGAGAUUUAAAAUCAUUUUUUGAAAAUUGCUGUACACAAACAAUAAUUGAUAUUUAUUGUUAUUUGUUGUUGUUAUUUAUUGCGGAUGCAGUUGCUAAGAAAGAGAACGGUUCAGGGAAAAACGGUUUUUAAAUGUUCUACCACUGGUUCUGCUAUCUACUAAAGUUGGUUCUUCGCUAGCAUCCGGCCCUUUUAACCAUGUUAGCUCUCUACAUUGUUGUGAUCCAAGGGAAUUAGAAUGAGGAGUUACCUUUUGUUUUCUUUCUAAAUAUCUGAACAAUAUGAGUCAGGAAACAGUGCCCAAUGCCUUAUGACUUAAAUCCAUUCCGUGUUCCUGCUUUCAGCUCCCAUCCAUGUUAUGAGACAGUUCCUGUAGUGGAAGCGGAAGCUGAGUAUGAGUUCAGUAGCAAAACUGUAGAACUGUAUAUAGCAGUGUGUCUAUUAGUCAAGAGAGGACUGAAAUGUGUGAUUUCGUACCAGGGCCAAUUGUUUCAAAUGUAGAGAGAUGUGCCAACCUUGGUAAUUAUUUUUUUUAAAAACACACAGGCUUGACAUUUUUGCCCUAAACUUGGAAACAAAAAGGUGCUUUAUUUUGUCUGUCUUUAAAAAAACUGCAAGUGAGAGCUACCUUUAGCACUUACUAAAUUCCAAAAUGGCCACAUAACAUAUGUAUUUCCCUCAUGAUAUUCAGUUAUUUAAAAGAAAUGUUAAUUUUCUGUAAUGUAGAGGGAACAAAAACGUAUAAUUCCUAGCAUGUUAUAAUGUGUGUACUGUAGUUCUGAAGUACAAUUCAGAAGUAUUUUGAACUAAAAAAAACUUUUAAUUAAAUGAAUUACUGUUGCUCUACCUUUUGCAGUGCAUUUUUUCCAGUGUUAAAUUUUGAAUGCCUUAAGAAACCUUAUUGGCACAUUUUGCAAGGAAUGUUUUAUGCACUGUAAAUUAAGCAUAUUUUCUAUAAAGUGAAACAGGAUACUGUGUUUUUUGUUCUUUUGUUAUAAUGCCACAGUAAUUUCUUUUCUUAAACAAAUAAAAAAGAAACUCUC